AUGUCACAGUUUUCCGUUUUAGCAUCUCUCAUAAACAGCAGAUUAGAAGAAGCUUGCGAGUCCUUGGACGAACUCAAGAUGAGAUCCGAUUCGCCUUACAAAGAUCAGAAGGUCGCCAUACUCUCCGAUGUCCACAACAAGCUCUGCGAUGCCGGCGAGACCCUCCAUACUGCAUUCACUUGGGUACUAACUAUAUUGAUCGCUGUCUGCUUUGUAGGAAGCACUGUGCUCACUUUCUACAUUUAUACAGUCCAAAAACGGAACGGAAACUUUGACAUUCGUCUUCUGCUGUUACAAGAUGAGAAAGGAUUUAGGUUAGAAGGAGCUUGCGAAAUUUUAAAUGAACUCAAGAUGAGAUCCGAUUCGCCUUACAAAGAUCAGAAGGUCGCCAUACUCUCCGAUGUCCACAACCAGCUCUGCGACGCCGGCGAGAUCCUCCAUAAUUCCCUCACUUGCCUGCUCACUGUAAUUAUUGCUGUCUGCUUUGUAGGAAUCACUGUGCUUACCUUCCAUCUGUAUUCAGCCCAAGAACGCAACGAAAACUUUGAUAUUCGUCUUCUGCUAUUCAAAGAUGACAAAGUGUUGUGGAUUAUUUCCUUUUUUACCACCAUCUGGAAGAUCUCUGCCUCUUCAUCAGCACUAACUCAAAAGGUUUUCAAACUAACUAACUAUAUAUACAAAUCUGGUGCGACAUAA